CGGGGCGGCGCCGCGGAACAUGACGGCGCCCUGGGCGGCCCUCGCCCUUCUCUGGGGAUCGCUGUGCGCCGGGUCCGGGCGCGGGGAGGCUGAGACGCGGGAGUGUAUCUACUACAAUGCCAACUGGGAGCUAGAGCGCACCAACCAGAGCGGCCUGGAGCUCUGCGAGGGCGAGCGGGACAAGCGGCUGCACUGCUACGCCUCCUGGCGCAACAGCUCGGGCACGAUCGAGCUGGUGAAGAAGGGCUGCUGGCUGGAUGACUUCAAUUGCUACGACAGGCAGGAGUGUGUGGCCACUGAGGAGAACCCCCAGGUGUACUUCUGCUGCUGUGAAGGCAAUUUCUGCAACGAGCGCUUCACCCACCUGCCAGAGCCUGGGGGCCCAGAAGUCACGUACGAGCCACCCCCGACAGCCCCCACCCUGCUCACGGUGCUGGCCUACUCGCUGCUGCCCAUUGGGGGCCUCUCCCUUAUCGUCCUGCUGGCCUUCUGGAUGUAUCGCCACCGCAAGCCUCCCUACGGCCACGUGGACAUCCAUGAGGAUCCUGGGCCUCCACCUCCAUCCCCGCUGGUGGGCCUGAAGCCACUGCAGCUGCUGGAGAUCAAGGCUCGGGGUCGCUUUGGCUGCGUUUGGAAGGCUCAGCUCAUGAAUGACUUUGUAGCUGUAAAGAUCUUCCCACUCCAGGACAAGCAGUCGUGGCAGAGUGAACGGGAGAUCUUCAGCACCCCAGGCAUGAGGCACGAGAACCUGCUGCAGUUCAUUGCCGCCGAGAAGCGAGGCUCCAACCUGGAGGUGGAGCUGUGGCUUAUCACAGCCUUCCACGACAAGGGCUCCCUCACGGAUUACCUCAAGGGGAACAUCAUCACGUGGAAUGAACUAUGUCAUGUGGCAGAGACGAUGUCACGAGGCCUCUCAUACCUGCAUGAGGAUGUGCCCUGGUGUCGUGGCGAGGGCCACAAACCUUCUAUUGCCCACAGGGACUUCAAAAGCAAAAAUGUGCUGCUCAAGAGUGACCUCACUGCUGUGCUGGCAGACUUUGGCCUGGCCGUUCGGUUCGAGCCAGGGAAGCCUCCAGGGGACACCCAUGGGCAGGUUGGCACUAGACGGUACAUGGCCCCUGAGGUGCUGGAGGGAGCCAUCAACUUCCAGAGAGACGCCUUCCUGCGCAUCGACAUGUACGCCAUGGGGCUGGUGCUGUGGGAUGUGAUCUCACCAGCCUCUCACCUCUCAGGGCCUGUUGAUGAGUACAUGCUGCCCUUUGAGGAGGAGAUUGGCCAGCACCCUUCGCUGGAGGAACUGCAAGAGGUGGUUGUCCACAAGAAGAUGAGGCCUGCCAUUAAAGAUCACUGGCUGAAGCAUCCGGGCCUGGCCCAGCUCUGUGUGACCAUUGAGGAGUGCUGGGACCACGACGCAGAGGCUCGCCUCUCUGCAGGCUGUGUGGAGGAGCGGGUGUCCCUGAUCAGGAGGUCGGUUAACGGCACUACCUCGGACUGUCUCGUCUCUCUGGUGACCUCUGUCACCAACGUGGACCUGCCCCCUAAAGAGUCCAGCAUCUAAGCCUAGGAUACGAGUGUCUCUCCAGACUCAGUGGAUCUGAAGAAAAAAGGAAAAAAGUUGUGUUUUGUUUUGGAAAUCCCAUAAAACCAACAAACACAUAAAAUGCAGCUGCUAUUUUACCUUGACUUUUAUUAUUAUUAUAAUUAUUAUUAAUAAUAUUAUUUUUGGAUUGGAUCAGUUUUUACCAGCAUAUUGUUCUACUGUAUCGCAAACAGCGGACACGUCAGCAGGCGCUGAGGUGCUGAGCUGUGAACGCGGAACCAGCGCCAUGCUGUAGAGCCUCAGCCACCUCCUGUCCCUCGGGACCCAUUUCCGCCAGCGUCCUCUUUGUCGUCUCAGAAUCUGUAACACAGAGAAACCCGUCUCCUGUCUUAGGACACUCAAUGCUGCAAUCUCUACUCGAGGAACCUUUGAAGACUGUUACAUGAACACACCCUUCCUCAGAAGAGGGUCCCCCACCCUUUGCUUUGUGUUUCUCCCUUUCCAGGCAGUGAGCUUAAGAAAUGGCAGAUGUGUCUUCAUGGAGCUAGUGGGUGUCUUCCUGACCCAGCAGAGGGAAACUGAGAUGAGGAGGAAGCUUUAGACUGAUGUUGGAAGGGAGGAUGUUCUGGGGAGGGUUUGGAGCAGAGCUACACUGGACGUGGGCACAUUUGGAGCGACACUCUUGGUGUGGAGACUGUUUUCUCAGGUAACAAGGGAUUGAGGGUAAGGACCGUAUGGGGCCGAGCAGUAAUAAUAGCAAGCACAGGGUCUGGAGAAAGUCCAGGAGCAGGGCCAGGGCCCCCCCCCCCCCCCCAGUUCCUUCCCACUGACAUGGGCUUGGCCGCAGGAGGAAGCACUGCCUGCUCUUGUGUUAGGAUUGGGGGGGGGUAUGACAGUUUAGAGGACACUCUUCAUUGGACAUGAUGCUGUAGAUCUCUUUCAUGGAGCAAAUAUUGAACUGCAGUUUCUUCUUGGCAGUUUGGGGAAAUGCCCGUGGUGCCCCCUGCACGAUGUGGGUGGCCCAGGGGACCCCUGGGUGGGGACCUUGCCGGCCUGCCGCUCUGGCUUGACCCCAUGCAGCGGAAUUACUGACUCCUUUCUGAGGCUCAUGGACACGGCUUUCUCCAGACCCUUUAAAGUGGUGCAUAUUCUAAAACUGUUUUUCUAUUACGCCAUAACCUUGCUCCAGGCGCUGAAUGUUCCUAAUGCUGCUGUUUCGACAUUGGAAUUUUUUUUUUUAAUUUAUGAAACAUGCUAAUUCUUUUUCAGACAGAACACACACAUCCACAUAUAUACACAUACUUUACUGUGUGGCUUCCGAGGUUUAAAUUUUAAAAAGUAAAAGAAGUAACUUCACGACCACAGACCACCUCAAACCAGAAAUACCUCAGAAUUUUCUACUUGUGUAUGUUUUAUUAAUUAUAUAUUUUGUUAGUUGUGUUGUCUUGUAGGAAGUAUAUUUUAAUGUAAGUUGGCUUUUAUGACAAGGAAGUUUAAAAGAAAUAGAGAAAAAGGAAAAAGUUUGUGUCUUCUAGUCAGGACUACCGUUUCUGUUUGAUAAAAGCGCCCUUGUAAAUACUUGUUGUCAACUGUAGGUGGCGGUCUGAGCUGAGUCUGCGCAUCGUCACUCUGGUUUAGACCGUCUUAUUUAAACAGCACAUCUCUGUCUUGAGGGUAGGCCACUUCCUCCUAGGUUGCUUAGAGGGUCAGGUGUUGUUCUAUAAGUCCCCUGGGUAGUAUCAGGAUGACACCCCUAUUUUAACUUGGCAGAACCACAGCCCUCAGACCCACUCAGAAGUUCUUGAGGGUCCAUUCCUUGGGCAGCAGGCAGACUCUGUAGUGCCUGUCACUGUGCCGUGAAGUCUGGGAGGGCGCAGCUCGCGGCUGGGCAGCCGCUCCCCCAGCAUGUCGUGUGGUGCCUGGGGCAGCCCAGGCUUGUUCUUUUCUGUGGUCUUUGUGCACAGGGUGCUGAGGAAGGCCUGCUGGCUUCCCUCUCUGACCUUGGCCUUGUCUCCGUGGAUCACUGUGGGCUGGCCAGCUAGGUAGGGGACGUGGACUUUGUUUCUGUGAGUUACCUGGGACCCCUCCUCCCCCAUUUGAUUUUGUGCUAUGGUGUUUUCUUCUCUCAGAAUACUUUUUUCUAGCAAAACAGGUCUUACAGCAGUUGCUUUUCUUUUCACUUCUUUCUUUAAGGAGCUUUAAAUAUUUAUUGAAAAGUGCCAUAUCUUCUUCCGUUAGCUUUCUCCUCAGGCAGUGGGGACCUCUACUUUUAACAAACAAACCACUGAGAAAUGGAGCUACUUAGCUGCAGGAGUGACCCAGUCACCAGUCGCACGAUGUGCCAAACAGUAAACCCAGCUUCCCUGUGUGACCUUGUGACCUGGGCGGGCUUCUCUUGUGUGCUGGUCUGCUUGUCAUAAGCAUCCUGGUCUGGCUGAGCUCUGGUGUGGGACAUCCCAGUCGUGACACAUUGCAGGCAGGGCAGGCCUGAUUCCUUUUCUGGGGGUGGCCCCCCUCUUUGCUGACCCUGUGUCCAGCCACAGCAGUGUCCAUGUCCGGCCUUGCAUCGGAAUUGAGUGUCAGGAGGUGGAGCCUGUGUGCUGUGCCCUGGAAAAGGGAGAGUCUGGGUGGUGGUGUCUGUGAAUAGGGGCCGGAGACCUCCUUGAGCUUCAGGUAACACACCCAGUUGCCCAUGCUGGAAGCUAGGUGAUCUCCCAGGGUGUGGCCUGGAAACUUGGGUGGCCUUUGUUUUUCUUUUUCUUUCUUUUUUUUUUUCCUUCUUGUGUCCAGUUGGGUCAAGGGGCCUCUGCCUUGGGCUUUCCCACAGGUUUCAUAUCACUUCCCUUCUAGUCUCUUCUCCCCUAAGCUUUCUGGAAGACUGAGGAAGUCCGUGUGUGUGUGUGUGUGUGUGUGUGUGUGUGUGUGUGUGUGUGUGUGUGUGUGUGUGUGUAAGGGAUGAGAUAAGUCAGGGAGAAAUGGCUAGAGAUGCUUUCUUCUUCCGACACUGCAUGUUGUGGUCCAAACAGGCUCCUGUGGCCGUGGGCUUUGGCGGAGAAUGUUCUGGUUACAAUACCUGUGAUAAUAGGCAGUCAUUUGUUGCCAGAGAUUUCUGUGAAUAUGUCAGAGAAGGACAGAAGAAGCAGAGACAGGGCUGCUGAGUUAUGGGGCUCCGCAGAGGAAGGACCCUCACUGACGGGAUGGCAGGGAAGCCUAGGGGCAGCCAUUGGCAUCUGGGCUGACGGGCUGGCCUGGCACUGGACACCAGAUGAAGGGCAAGUGCUGGGUCUUCUGCUCACACAUCCACAGCAAAGGGCAGAUCUGGUUCUCAUCACUAGGCUACCAGGCUUGCUGGGUGGGGCUGGGCCCGCCUUCCCGACGAGGCUCGAGCUGCUUCUAGCUUAGUGUAGGAUGCUGCUGCCACUCUGCUCCCUGGAGUUGACCACACCUGGCCCUCUCUGUCCUGCUGCUCUGCCCCGGGGCUUGGGCUUUAUGAAGGAUUUUAAUUGGUAGCCAGCCUACAGAUAUUUGAUGUUUGCCAUGUGCUUUUUUGGCUCAUGUGGUGGUUCCUAUGCUUAGCCACUUAGUUGAAGAAGUGACUGUUUCAUGCAGAGCUAGAGAACUGGAUGGCUCUCUUACACAGAAUUUUACCUGUUUAGUGUGUGAUUUUACCCUGGUGUGUACUGCUGGGUAGGAGGAUAGCUUGUUUGUUUUUCCUAUAUAAUUAAUACAGCAAAGCUACUGUAUUAGAAGUUGAAUUCCUGCUGUUGUUCUCAAGACCGUCUUCAUUAGAUACAUCCCCGAAUCAGAGAGCAGUUUCCAGUUCAUUCAGCUUGAUCCUAAGCAUUAGCUAUUUCAUCUUUUUGGACUUUUGGUAGCACAGCUUUGGAGAGAUGAUCAAGCCCCAGUCUACAUUUCAGGAGUGGUAGAUGACGCCUUUCCCAGAAGAAGUUCAGCAUGCUCUCCGACCAUCCAUCUGCUAACUAGAGAAACAGCCAGAAAGGGUGGUGGUAAGGUGUCCCUUUUCUCUCAGCUUGGGUGACAUGAACUCCCCUUCAUCACUGGCCGAAGUUGAGAAGUACUCAGCAGCUGGCUUGUUUGGCCUGGUGACAGAUUUCAAUCUCAGCUAACAUUGGCCCAGUAAUUCAACUGAUGAGUUUUUCACCAUCUAGAUGAUAAACUUUCUAUGCAUUCAGGAUUCAGUGCAUAGCUCUUUAUGCGCAAUUCUGGGUAGCUGUGUAGCCAGCAGCCCUACUGUGAAUGUACCCUAGGCCUCUAGGAGGUUUAGGGAAGUGUUUUGGGAUAAUGAUUUAGUUUUAUAGGAAAAAUAGAUUAAGUUUAAAGCACUUCCUUGGGAAUCAAUUAGUUGAUUCAACCACAUUUAAAAAAAUUAGUUCAAAAGGCCCGUAAGCUAUCAAUAAAUCAGCCCAAGAUUUUUGGUGGGCUAUUGGGACUUAUUUGUGAUUACUAUAAAUCACUGUUGGGCUGGUAAUUUGAAUUGAGAUCAGGAAUGCCUACAUCUUUUUUUUUUUUCCUAAACCAAUUUUUAGCGUUUUUCAUGCUGGCAUCUUCCAGGUGUGAAGGAGGGGAGACUUUGCCCUAGCGGGGCUACGUGCAUCUCCGUAGUGCCCAAGCCAGUGCUGCUUCUCCGUCCAUGGCAGCACCUGGCGAUGUCUCCUAAACGCCAGUGCGGGGCAAUAGGCUCUGCAGGGCCUCCUGUUCUCCAGGCCAGCAUCUGUAGACUCUCAGCUGAGUUAGUGGGUGCAUCCAAACGGGGGGAUCUGGACCGCUGCAGAUGAGAGGUACUGUGUUCAUUUGUAAACUUUGUGUCUGAGUUUACAGUUAGGAGAAGUGUGGCCCCAUUAGUUUUUUUGGGCAAGCAAAGGUGGGUUUUUUGUGAAUGAACAAACCCUGCCUCAAGUCCUUGAGCAUCCACGCUUGUUACAUGGGCCCGUUCCUGACACCUGGCCACUUUGCAUCAGUGUUCUUAGAGAGUUGUAAAUAAGAGUAGCUGUAUGAUAGACACCCCUUGAAGUUUCACUUUAUGAAGUCUAGCGCCACACAUGCGUUUGGUUCUGUCACUCGACAGUUGCUCCACACGUGUGGAGAUCGUUUUAUACCACAGAUUAUUUUUAUAAACUAGUGAGUUGAGUGAGAAUGCUUCUGUAAUCCAAGGCAAUGAGCUUUACUUUCAUGAUCACGCACACACUGGAGUGUGAGUGCUGGAUGGAGCGUAGCGCUUGCACGGGUUCCUGAAUACACUGGCAGCCUGGAGUCCUUUUACCGGUCCCCUUGGCCCAAGCUCCUGUCACAGGGCAGUGGUGUCUCUGCCCUGCUCCCUGCCUGUGCAGAGGACAGUGGCUGGGUGAAGGGAGGAGCUUGUAGUGGGUUUGAUUUCUGCUGAACAGAGGGUUCUGAUGUUGAAAGUUUGUCUGCUCCUUACAUAAGAGGUAGGUCACGAUAGUGGGUUCGGAAGCGAUAGGACAGAGCCGUGAGGGAACGGGUCUAGAGAAAGAUGACAUUGACAUGGGGAUUUAGUGGCCUGAGUUCCACUAACCAGAACUAUCUAGGACCAAACAAAUUCUUUGGAAACGGUGGGGCACAUGGAUAUAGUGACGGAAUUAAGCGGAUAGUUCCCAGGAGUUUUGCCCCUUUUGAUCAGGGAUGCUUUCUGCUCUAACUGUUGUGAACCAGGAACCCACAGAGGAAGCUCAGAGCGGGGUGUCUUUCAGAUGCCCGCAGAGGGUUUCUGUCAAGGCCUAGGCAGCCUUCAUCUCACCUUUUGGAUGGUUGCUUAGGUGGGACUUUGCAUGGCGCACAGGGAGGCAGAUAAUUCAGUUAGGUCCUUUGUCCCAUGGCCAGUUCUGAGGUCCAGCGGAAGGCCUCUUCCCCACCUGCUGCCUGCUGGCUCCAGCCUGCUGCUUAGAGAACUGCGCUGGACGGGGCGCUCCUGCUAAGAGACCCUUAGUGUGCGGUUUGAAACCAGCCCUGCCCCUGUUCAUCCUGGUUUAGAAGGCUCUUCUGCUUGGGACACUUAGUUCCAGAUCUGGCUGCGUUCUGGAAGCCAGCUCCCCCUUCUGGUCCCCGUGAAAGAACACGUCUGUGCUCUGCGGCCGCCUGUCUUGGAAUGUAAUUCUGUUGUGCCUUUGUUUUUGUCGGCCACCCCUCAAAAGCAACUGCUGUAAGCUCUCUCCUUGUCUUUUCGAGCCCCGCCCCUUCCCUGUCUCCCCCUUUCCAGCCCUCAUUUCUGGAUGCACUUGUGUGAUCCGGGUACUUUAAGAACCAGUUACCUCAGACCUCGUGUUGAACGGUGUCACCGUCUGGGCCCCCUCGAUACUGCUGACUUACCACACAUGCAGGAGGUCCGCUGAGUGUGGCCACUGACUUGUUUUAAAGCAAAACUCUUCCCAGUGGACCCAGGGGCUUCUGGCAAGCCUGUCCUGGCACUGUGGUGGGACUGGUUGGGAGUGUCAUCUGAACGGUGCUUCCUGUGUCCUGUGUGUUCUGCCGUGUUCAGUAUUCUCACGUGUCUGAAUAGGCAAAGCAACCUAACUGGCUGGUCUCCAUGCAAAUCAGCUCCAAAGAUGAGCUCUUUGUAACACAUUUCCAGUCGCUAGAGCUCAGACAUAGAGCAUUCCUUCAAACAGCAGGGUAGAAGCCCCCGUCCACUGCCACAGUGUGUUCUGGGAAGAUGUCUGUAGUAUACGUUGCUGUGGAAUUAGGCCUUGUGGGAUAUGGCUGCUUGUCAUUUUGAUGUAUUUUAAAUAAAUAUAUAUAUAUAUUUUUAAAGAGCCUUUUUUACCAGUUCAAAAAGCUUAAUUAACCAGCUAUCACCACAUCUGAGUUUUUGUCUCUGGGGCAUAGACAGCAGGCUGGGAUUAAAAGUGGUAACCCAGCCAUGAGUUGCCUGCCCUGGGCUGUCCCGCUGACCAUGGGACACCAGGGUCGGCGUGUUCCUGGUGGGUUUGAACUCAGCCCUCUGGGUGUCUGGUGUCGGCCCCCGCUGAGCGGACUGUUGCCCUCAGUCCUGUAAGUGCUUUAGCCUAGUGGGGUUUUCCCAGAGCACUGCCACGAGUUAAGUGUAUGAAUUUAGCCAAAUAAUUUCUCCAUAGGGAAAGCACGACAGAGACCAGAGUAGGGACACGAGCUGUCGGAGGCCGCCUGGGAGCCCGCGGUCGUCACAUGGGCGAGAGCCCUCGUUUGACACUCCAGGGCCAUCAGCAAGAGCACAGCUGGUCAAAUGCCAGCGCCUUGCUUUCCCUCAGUUGUUUUUUUUUUUUUCCAGAAUUCUGUAAAAAUGCAAAGAAAAUUGAGUGGUACUUGAGAAUUGAAGGAGAAAGUUACCGCAGAUUAGAAACAUACUUCUAGAUUUCAGUACCAUGACACAAAUCCACCCGAUGCCAUUUUUCAGCUGUACAAGAGAAUCUGCUUAUGAACUUGACAUGAUCCCAAUGGUGACGUCGAAGGCCAAAUUUUUCACCUGUUACUAUUUUUCCACGUUUGUCCUUGAAUCUGAUUAGUGUUAUGCAGUACUGUAAACUUACCUUGCAUCGAGUUUGAUGUCGAUUCCUGUGAAGAAGAGCUUUUGGCACGCGACAGACAGUGAGUUAAAAACACAGCAGAGCAGGGGAUUUUGCAGGGACGGUUUUGGAACCAACAGAAAAUGUCACUUUUUAUUUACCAUCUUAUAUAUCAGUUUUACCAGCUACUUCUAAAUUUGUACAUUAUUUGGAAGAAAAAACUUAAGACUUGUCUGACUUAGUGGAGAAUGUGUGUGUUGCCCUUAGGAUGGGUAGCUACGUCUCCCUGAGCUGUGUUAUCUAACUUGUAUAUAUGAACUGUAAUUAGAAGUUUGGAUUCAUCUGUUUCUCACAGUUGAACAUGACGAGUCAUUGCGAAGUCUGGAGGCGUGAUUAGUCUGUGAUUUCAGGCUGUAGACCUGAGGAAGCUCUCUCAAGUGCUAAAACUAAGAACUUCUAGUUUGGGGCUCAAAUUCGAUUAAGUACUGUUUGUAUGCCAGAAUAUGUGAGGUGUAAAUGUAGUGGGACACUUUUCACCCUUGUAGCUAUAAAACAGACAUUUUGUAGAACAGAAAAUAGUGUGUACUACUGAAUUAACAAAAGUUAUACUAAAGUAUCAUGUCUUUAAAAAAAAAAAUAUAUAUAUAUAUACAGAGUAAGCUUGUCGCUGUUACCCUGUCUGGAUUUGAAAAGUGUGCUGAUUUUUAUAUAUAUAUAUAUUACACACACACACACACACACACACACACACACACACACACACACACACCCCUAUAAUGGCCUGAAGCAGACAUCUGUGUAACUACAGUUGCAAAAUGCAAACAUUCUGGAAAGAACAUUGUAUCAUAGUUCAUCCAUUUGCAGUGGGUCUUUGCUCCUUUUCCCUGUGGUAAUUUUAGAAACGAGUGUCAAGUUUGAAAUUAGAUCUGCUACAUUGGGGUUUUGCUGCUGGAAUUCUGCACUGGGUCCUCAAACAAACCGAUGUGAAUGUAGUUUUUCCCCCUGUGUGAAGGAGCAGCCACACCCCCAACAGAAUAGGAGGAAAAAUCUAGAACUAUUUCAAGUUUUAUCUUUUUGUAUAUGAAAAUAAAUAACAAUAAAUAAAGUA